AAGAGUUUGCGAUAAAAAUCUGCACAACAGUGACUUUAUAGCUAUGUGUGUGUGUGUGUGUGUGUGUGCUUAAAUGAGCGUGCGCAAAGUGGUUUCCCCCCAUGUCAGAUAAAAAUUAAUUUAUAUGAGAGCAGCAGUUAAAGGGAGGGAGACCAUUGGGGCCUAUCUCUCUCUCUCUCUCUCUCUCCCUCUCUCUCUCUCUCUCAGUGUGUGAGCGUGCAUGUGCACAGACAGGGUUUACCAUUACCAUCGGGAGCGCACUCUCCGGUGAUGCCCUCAGUCAGGAGCAGUGGUCGGACAUUCGAACACACAACCCUCGGCCUCAGCGGUUGUGUUACUCACCGUGUUCGUGUUUUCAUACACUUUCACUGAACUGCGUUUUUUCUGCGUCUUUUUUCCCCCGUAACUGCGCUACAACUGGCGCAGUGAAGAGCAAAGAUGCGCACCGCUGAACAAAGGAUUUAAGAGGAAAAACGUCAAGAAUCCCUGUCACACACUGUGAUCCUGACACCUCAGUGUCUCCGGUCCUGCCCGGUCUCGUCAGGACCAGAAUACAGGAUUCAUGCCAACGUUUACAGAGCACAGGCACGGGCUGAAUGACCGGGUUCCUCCGGUUUGAAACCCGGAGCAGGAGGGAUCCUCUGGUCUGAACGCGUCCCUGUCUGUGUGGAUGGAGAGCGGGGAUCACACUGCGCCCCUCGCUUGUUCCCAAAUGUGACAUUAAUUGUUUUUGUAAAUUCAUCUCUAGGAUCAGACCUGACAAGUGAGAGUCCAGUUUUUCUUAUCGGAUCUGUUUACACUCGUAAAGAUAAAUGGCGUUCCUCCCAGUUUCAAUCCUGCUGCUGCUCACUGUUGCCCAUCAAGCUCGCAGCCAGGAUUUCGAGGACUCUGACGCCCUCCCAAGGGGCUGUGGAUGGGGCCUGGAGCGUCCCUUCACCCUCCUCUGUGAUCUGGACUCAAUAUGGGGCGUGGCAGUUGAAUCCGUGGCCACAGGUGGUACACUGACUGCCAUCUUACUCGCCCUUGUCCUCUUGUGUCGUUUACGCCACAUAAGUGAGGCUGAGAAGCGCAGCAGCGUGGGACCCAUCCUCCUGCUGCUCUUCGGCAUCCUUGGCCUGUUUGGCCUGAGCUUUGCGUACCUGAUCGAGGAGGAUGAGACCUUGUGUCUGCUCCGUAGAGCCCUGUGGGGGCUUUUCUUUGCUGUGUGCUUCUCUUGUCUGCUGGUGCAAGGCGUGCGCCUGCGAAGGCUGGGCCGGGAGCGUCGGAGCCCCGGUGGGUGUGCCCUGACUGGCCUGGCCCUGGGUUUGAGCACUGUUCAGGGCAUCAUUGCUGCAGAGUGGCUCCUUCUGACCGUUCUACGUGAGGGACGGGCCGCCUGUCAGUAUCUGCCCAUGGACUUCUCUUUAGCCUGCAGCUAUGUGUUAGCACUUCUGCUAGCUGCACUGACCGCUGCCUCCCUGGCUGUAUGUGGAAAGACACGUCAGUGGCGCUGUAAUGCCGUUUGGCUGCUGGUGACCUGCCUGCUGUCGCUGCUGCUGUGGGUUGCCUGGGUGGGCUUCUACCUGUACGGCAAUGACUGGCUGGGGAAGUCUCCAGAGUGGAACGAACCCGCACUUGCCAUCGCUUUAGUAGCUCAGGGCUGGGUACUGCUCAUCUUCCAUGCCAUCCCUGAAGCACACAUUUGCAUCAGACCCCCCCCACAGCCCACUGCACCGGAUUACUUUGACACCUCCCAGAACUCGACAAGGAUGCGGGAGACCAGUUUUGAUGAAGACAUCCCUCUGUCUCACAGGCAGUUUGUGGAGAACCAGGGUUAUGGAUACAACGAUGAGAGUGCUGCAGGCCUGAGGAGUGCUGGUGGUGCUGGACAACACAACAGUAACACCGGUACCAGGCCCAGCGCACCUUUCCGCAGCAACGUGUACCAGCCCACUGAGAUGACCAUGAUCCUAAACGGGGGAGCGGUGAGUACUUCCUCCCACUCUCAGGUUCCCUCUGCUCCUCCCACCUACACGGGCAGGCAGCUUUGGUGAGUGACCCACAUGGUAAAGAGAAAAUGAAGUAAAAAUUCAAGGGGUAGAAGAAGGUGGAGUGGGUGAGGAAGUUGAGGACGAGGCGACUGCCUUGUUGGACCGGAUGUGGACUGUGCGAGGACCCUUUUCAUUUGUGUACAGACUUAAGUGCUGAUUGUGUGCCAAUUUUGUAUGAGUGUUUGUGAGCCUAACAGAAAGCAGGGUAUGGAGGACAGAGCUAAAAGCUCAUCACGCACACACACCUGUUCACGGGAGAUUAAAACCAUGAGCAGAAAAAAAACACACACAUAUACACACCAUCUCCGAUUCAGUUGAUGAAAACUGUGAAAAAUAUGUCACCUAUUCUCCAUCUUUGUAAGGAUGUCCAAGUGGAAGCAUUUGGCUCUGUCCUCCAUUCAUCCACUCAGUGCAGAUGAAGACAAAGCACACGGGCAACUGUACAGUUAAAGCACUGCCCACUUAACACAACAAUCCAGGCUGUGUGUGUGUCUGUGUGUGUGUGUGUAGAAUAUUUGAAAGGAGAGUUUUGUUUUUUUUUCUCAAAAAUCUCAUUUUCGCCACUUCAACACACCUUCCCUCUCCAAACUUUUACCCCACUCCUCCCUUUUUCCCAACUGUCACAGGCGAAAAUAACAUACAAUUCCUUUCGCCUUGACUCAUCCUCCCACCUGAUUGGACACUGGUUUGACACAGAAACAAACUGUGAAGCCCCGAACCGUAGUGGGAAAAACAAGAUCCCUUUGUGUGUCUUUGGACACAGCAAAAGUUGCCCCGGAGCACCUGAACAGAAGGACAACAAGCUGCUAAUGAACUACUGUUAGAUACAUGGAGGAGUAUGGAACUGCUGAUUGGACAAAAAAAAA